UCGUCUUGAAAGCUUUAUUAAUGUUGACCGUAAAUGAAUAAGAAAAUGCAAAUUAUUAUUGGAAUAGCAGUCGUAGAUAACUGAACAAGAAGUAAAUAAUCAGAAAGACUAUCACCAGUUUGAAUACUUCUCUAACGCUAAUAAAUGUGGAGUUAUGUAACCUAGCCAGAAUUAUUUAGGUAGUGGUUAGAUAAUCUAGGUAGUGGUUAGCCAUCAACAAGUGAAUUAUGUUACAGAUAUCUAAUUAUAUAAUGCUUUACUCCACGGUCUAAUUGGUUAGCUAGCUUCCUUUUACUUCUAUCAUGACAUGCCUGACAAUGUUAGGCUAAAGAAGUAGCCUGUCUGAUAUUUUGUUCAUAAUUGAGUUACUCACAUACUUAGAUGGUUAACCUAGGUGGCAUAGUUAUUGUGGUUAGUUCUGAUUAAUACAGACCUUAUGCGGCUCCUUUAGUGCAUUAGCCAAAUCAGUAAAGCUUAAUGAAUAUUUCCUCCAAAUUAUUUCAAACCAGUAAUCUGUGAUCUCCGUCAAUUUUGCGUCGGUCUCUAAAACUGACAUGUAAUACUACUGUGCAUAAUUAUGAAUGAGUUUACGCAGAUAAACGUAGGUAAAUGCAUUCCGUAUUUUGGAUUUUAAAUUGCAUUACUAUAGAUUGGAGUGAAACGGUCAAGUCUGAAGCCCAAUGCAGUUAAAAUCCUACAUGUAAAUGGUAUUUUUUAGUUUUGUUUUGAACAUUUAAUUGUGACCAAUCAAUCAAUUUAAUGGCAGUUCCAACCAGUGUGGUUAACAUGGUUCAGAGACAUGCCAGGGUUGCGUCUAGGUGAGCAGUCCUCCCAUUCCUCAGCAAGGCGACUUAAAACACACCUCAAACUUGUGUCUGAAAAGGAAGGAAAGAAAAAGUCAGUUCACACUAGACCAGGCUGGCACAGUUUUUACAUUAUACUUCUGUAGGUUAGUAAGGAACAAAAUAGAUAGAAAUGUCACUCCAAAACAGUCCACAGUUGACUUACAUAUGCGGGAAUCAUAUCUGGGAAGAUAUUUUGGAAUUAUUAUAUGAAACUUGUUAACCAAUUGUCUUGGAUCUUUCCAGCUUUUAUUAAGGUAGAUGGUGGGGCGCCAAGGUCUAGUGCUUAACUUACAGUGAUGUAACACCACAUUGUCUAUAUAGAAAUGUUUAAUGCUACAAAGUUUACUACAUAUUUCAGAAAUCCAUAUGAAUACAGGGUGGAACAUAUAUUACUCAGAUCCAAAUAUAACAGGCAUUAGUUACAUAUUGCUGUGUGACUAUAGUUAUUUCUAAGGCCCUGAAAUCAUCAGACUGCUUCACUUUGUAAGGUAGAGACAAAUAUAGGGUUCAACUACUCCUCUGAAAGAACUGUUUACUUUCUAACACAUCAACAGUUACAAGCAUGCUGCUUUAUUUACUUGACUGAAGCAACUAAAAAGUGGCCUUAGUUAUUGUAACCAGAAAUAUCCUUGCAUAGUAUUUAUUAUAUGAAAUUUCUAACAAAUUAAUAAUUACCAAUGUGUUCAAAGCUCUUGUUAAAUAUACCCUGAUGAUUUCAAGUUAGAUUCUCUUCAUAUAUACAUGCAACUGACAGAAUAUUUUAUUUAUUGGUUAGCCAGUGCACUAGAGUGAAAACAUGAGGGUGCUUGGUGAAGUUACAUUGAAGUAUGUUACAAUGUAUAGCUAUCAAAGAAGUGAAUCUGUUUACCAGUUGGAGCACACAUGCUGGAGAAUGCACCUGUCUUAAAGGAAUUUGGCUUACACAUAUGCCCCAUAGGCCUUUAUAAACAUGCCAUCACCUGUUAAAGUUAUUGUGGUUGGGGCUGGGAGCCGGGGGCAGACAUACUCCGACUUUGCUUCCAUCCAUCCUGAUCGUAUGCAGGUUGUAGGAAUUGCUGACCCAAGGCCUUUUGCACGAAGGAAGUUACAAGAACGCUACAAAGUAGCUGAUGAAGACACAUUUGAUGACUGGCACUGCGUGGCAAAGAGGGAGAAGUUUGCAGAUGCAGUAUUUAUUUGUACUCCUGAUCGCCUUCAUAAGGAUCCUGCAGUAGCUUUGGCAAAAAAGGGUUAUCAUAUACUAUUGGAAAAGCCAAUGGCUGUGACAGAAGAAGAUUGCACAGAAAUUACAGAGACUUGCAUUCAAAGUGGCGUCAUGCUAGUAGUGUGUCAUGUUCUACGUUAUGAUCCCACUAUCAGAAAAAUAAAAGAGCUUAUUGACAGUGGGGCCAUUGGAGAUAUAAUCCAUAUUCAACAUCUUGAACCGGUGGGAUUCUAUCACUUUGCCCACUCAUUUGUGAGAGGAAACUGGAGAAAUGAAGCAGAAAGCUCUUUUGCCCUUUUAGCCAAAUCCUGCCAUGACCUAGACCUAAUUCAUCACUGGGCUGGAGGACGCAGGUGCAUAAAGGUUUCAUCAUUUGGAUCUCUCAGUCAUUUCCAAAGAGAAAACAAGCCACCAGGAGCAGCAAAUCGGUGCUUAGACUGUUCUGUAGAGAGUGACUGCCCAUAUUCUGCAAAGAAAAUCUACCUGGACAGAGUGAAAAUGGGGUUCACCAGAUGGCCAGUGUCAGUAAUAUGUUCCACUUCCAUUCCUGAUAUUGAAUCAGUAACCGAGGCCUUAAAAGCAGGUCCCUAUGGCCGCUGUGUCUACGAGUGUGACAACGAUGUGUGUUCAAAUCAGGUUGUAAACAUGGAAUUUGAAGGAGGUCUCACUGCUUCUUUUACCAUGGUUGCAUUUACAGAAGAGCUUUGCCUGCGUAAAACAAGCAUAUGUGGCAGCAGGGGGGAGCUAUCCUACAAUGGACAUGAGCUCAGAGUAUUUGACUUCCUUACUCAGACGUCCACAAAAUAUGAAGUGGACAUGAAUGUACCUGGUUGUUUCAGCAAGGCGGGUCAUGGAGUUGCAGAUUAUCAUCUUGUUGACUCCUUCAUUUCAGCAGUCGCGAGUGGAGAUCCACUGCUGAUUCAGUCAGGAGCAAAGGAGACGUUGGCAAGUCACAGACUGGUGUUUGAGGCUGAGCGUGCUCGUCUAGAGAGCAGGGUUGUGCUCUGUGGAACUAACUGUGUUUAGUAAAAGGAAAAACUCUAAUGGUUGUAUGCUAAGGAGCUAUGCCGACCUUAGCUUUUUUGUUGUUGCUGUUGUUUGUUUAUAAUAUAAAUGCACAAUCUGGGAUUUUCUGCAGUGUUGCAGACAUUUUAUUGUAAUUUCCAGAGAUUUUGUUACAUACAAUUAAUUUAGUUUUAAUUUAUAAAUCAUUAUUCCCUUAGGGAAAGUAAUAACAAAUGUUGUAAUAUUUUAUGUAUUAGCAGUAUAAAAUUAAUUCAUACUAAAUUAUAAAUGUCAUUUAGGAAUAUUAAACAUUUACAACAUGACAAUUCAAACUUGUAUCUCAUUUAAUUCAUGGCAUUUGUCCAUGUAUCCUUUAAACAUCCUACAUGCGGAAAUAUGUACUUUUCUCCAAUGACUGCUAAUUAAAAUAAAAUUCAAAUAUUUAAGCUGUUUAA